AUGGCCACCACGCCUGCAACGGCCCAUCUCAUCUCCCAAAUAGGCGACCAUAUCGAUAGCGGCGCCGCGCAAGUGAGAUCCAAGGGUCCUAUCCUGUGGUAUCAGGGCGAUCGUCUCGGGAAGGGCAGCUUUGGCACCGUCUAUCUCGGCUUGAACAUGCGGACGUGGGAGUUUAUGGCUGUCAAGACGAUCGAUAUGCCAGCCUCAAUAUCGGACAAGAAGCUGUCGAUCGUGGAGGCCGUUGAGAAAGAAGUAGAGCUGCUCAAGACACUGCACCAUAUCAAUGUGGUGCGCUACUAUGGAUGCGAGAUGACAGAUUGCUCCUUCAACAUAUUCCUGGAAUAUGUGCCUGGCGGAUCCAUCCAGUCAGUCCUUGCCAAGUGCGGUCCGUUCUCAGAGCCCCUCAUCAAGUCUAUGACGGUCCAGAUUCUCUAUGGGCUGGAGUAUCUGCACUCAGAAGGAAUCAUACAUCGGGAUAUCAAGUCCGAAAACGUGCUGCUUGAUCUCGAGGGCGUGGUCAAAAUCACCGACUUUGGAGUCUCGAAGAAGAACCGGAGUGCACUCCCAUACAGGCGUGCGUCACGCAUGUCGAUGAAAGGUACUCCGAACUGGAUGGCCCCCGAGGUCGUCAACAACAAGAAAGGAUACUCGGCCAAAGUCGACAUUUGGAGCCUGGGUUGUGUUGUCAUAGAAAUGGCAACCGGCGAGCGCCCAUGGAGCCAAUGCGACGCCGAUUUUCAGGUGUACUUCAAUCUGAUGAAGGGCCUCGCUCCUCCGCUUCCCGACGACGCACCCGAGGCGCAAGGGAGGUUCCUUGGAGCAUGCUUCACGAUGUAA